AUGGCCGGGCUUCUGGCGAGUCUGACGCUUCUAAUGAUCCAAGGAGUCCUUGCUGAAAACCUAAGGAUAACCUUUUGGAUAGAGCCUAUUCAGCGGGCGGAGUUCGACGCGGAUAUGGCGGUGGUGCUGAAGGAGCUAGAUGCCCUGCAGCUGGACACCAAGGUGGAAGAUGUCUCUCUGACCUUGACGCGCUCCGAGGACGGCCAGGACAUGCAACGCUUCUGUGAAAUCCUCUCCACUGUGGGCACCAGCAUUGUGAUCGAUAUGACCUACAACCACUGGACCGAGGGCUAUGAUCUGAUCCGCAGCCAGGGCAUUGCUUAUGUGCGCUUGGAGCGCAUCCUGCGCCCUUUCCUGGAGAUGUUCGGCGACUUUAUGCGCCAGAAACGAGCCAACAAUGUGGCAAUGGUCUUCAUGAACGCCCGGGACGCUGGCGAAGCCACCCACCAAAUGCUCUACGGCUAUCCGUUCCGCACUCUCAUACUGGACGCCAGUCAGGACGAUCCGGGGCAGGAUUUUGUGGAGCGCAUCCGCGCACUCCGCCCGUCUCCUGCAUACGUGGGUCUUUUCGCCCGCGGCGGCGCCAUGAAUGCAAUCUUCGAGAAGGUCCAAAAAGCUGACCUGUUCCAACGACCCCUGGAGUGGCACUUUGUGUUCCUGGACACUAGGGAUCGGGUCUUCAAGUACAAACGGCAAGCGGAGCUCUCCACUCGGUUUACCCUCAGUCCUCGUGCGAUAUGCCGUUCCAUGGCUAUGCCGGAUCUCUACUGCGGCAGUGGCUUUACGAUCCAACGCGGAAUGUUGCUGAACGUGCUCCGCAGCCUGAUUGAUGCGGCGCAAGUUAGUCCCGAGUUCCCGGCUCCCGUUUUCCAGGAGUGUAAUGCCACCGGCUCCUCGUCGGAAGUGAAGGAAGGGACAGAAGCUUCCUGGCUGGACCUGGUGCACUGGAGCAACUUUCUGGCAUAUGCCGUGCCCGCAGAGCGCUUUUCCGAAGACUCUCCGGAGUCUCAGCCCGGCUUGAGUUUCGCCAUCAACAUUUCCGCCGGCUACUACAGCUCCGAGCACGAAGCCAAGACGGAUCUAGCGGCCUGGUCGUCGGUGGGGACUCUGAGGCUCCUCAACGAGACUAUCAGCCCGGCUCGAAGGUUCUUCCGGAUCGGCACCGCUGAGAGCAUACCCUGGAGCUACCUGAAACGGAAUGAGCGGACAGGUGAGCUGGUGCGGGACCGGAACGGCGUGCCCGUGUGGGAGGGCUACUGCAUCGACUUCAUCAUUCGGCUGGCCCAGAAGCUGAACUUCGAGUACGAAAUCGUGGCACCCCAGACCGGGCACAUGGGUGAGGUGGACGACCAUGGAGAGUGGGACGGCGUAGUGGGAGAUCUGGUUCGUGGCGAGACGGACUUCGCGAUAGCGGCCCUCAAGAUGUACUCGGAGCGCGAGGAGGUGAUCGACUUCCUGCCGCCGUACUAUGAGCAAACGGGCAUAUCGAUCGCCAUACGGAAGCCCGUGCGGAGGACGUCGCUCUUUAAAUUCAUGACCGUGCUGCGGUUGGAGGUCUGGUUGAGUAUCGUGGCGGCCCUAAUUGGCACAGCCAUCAUGAUCUGGUUCAUGGACAAGUACUCGCCGUACAGUUCCCGAAACAACCGACAGGCCUACCCUUACCCUUGCCGGGAGUUCACGCUCCGGGAGAGCUUCUGGUUCGCCCUCACCUCGUUCACGCCCCAGGGCGGCGGAGAGGCUCCCAAGGCCAUUUCCGGUCGGAUGCUGGUGGCCGCCUAUUGGCUGUUCGUAGUCCUCAUGUUGGCCACUUUCACCGCCAACCUGGCGGCCUUUCUCACCGUGGAGCGUAUGCAGACGCCGGUCCAGUCUCUCGAGCAACUGGCCCGCCAGUCAAGGAUUAACUACACCGUGGUAAAGGAGUCGGACACCCACCAGUACUUCAUCAACAUGAAGUUUGCCGAGGACACGCUCUACCGAAUGUGGAAGGAGCUGGCCCUCAACGCCUCGAAGGAUUUCAAAAAGUUCCGUAUAUGGGACUACCCCAUCAAGGAGCAGUACGGUCACAUACUCCUGGCCAUCAACAGCUCCCAGCCGGUGGCCGAUGCCCGGGAGGGAUUCGCCAAUGUGGACGCGCACGAGAACGCCGAUUAUGCCUUCAUACACGAUUCCGCCGAGAUCAAGUACGAGAUCACUCGGAACUGCAACCUCACUGAGGUGGGAGAAGUGUUUGCGGAGCAGCCGUAUGCGGUGGCCGUUCAGCAGGGCAGCCACCUGGGUGACGAGCUGAGCUACGCCAUCCUGGAGCUGCAGAAGGAUAGGUUUUUCGAGGAGCUCAAGGCCAAGUAUUGGAACCAGUCGAACCUGAGAAACUGCCCUCUGUCGGAGGACCAGGAGGGUAUUACGCUGGAGAGCUUGGGCGGUGUUUUCAUUGCCACGCUGUUCGGCCUUGUGCUGGCCAUGAUUACUUUGGGUCUGGAGGUGCUCUACUACAAGCGGAAGAAGACCAAGCUGGAGGGACCCAUUACCCAGGUGCGUCCUGUAGACGGAACAGUGCCCACAGCACCACCAACGGCUGUCUCCGGCACUGCCAAGCAGGCCUGGCACAUUCCCACGGAGCAGGAGAAGCCACCGCUGCAUCCAGUGAAGAUAUCGCCUCCGCCCUCCUUUGAGGCGGCCACUUUCAGGGGCAAAAAGCUGCCACCAAAGGUUACAUUGGGCGAUGGAAAAUUCAAACCGCGUCAUGGCCUCCAUUCAAAAAAAAAUAUUGGGGCCACCGACUCCCACAUGGGCUACAUGGAAUGAAGUAUAUUUUUUUUCUCUUUUUCUCUCAUGCACUGAACUGUAGUAACGUAGAAAAUUGUCUAAAAUAAAGCAAGUUCUAUUAGAUCUCCAAAGUUUCGA